UAGUAAUAAAAAAUAGUAAUUUUUGGUACAAUAAAAUCUUUCUUUUGUUCUUGAGAUAUUUACAUAAAAGAUCUGUACAUUUUCAAUAAUAAAACAAAAUAUAUAGCUGGAUAUGUCAUCAACGGCCGGUAAUGUCAUCGAUCUUCUAUUAUCUCCGGGCCUAGUACUUAUCAGCAAAACCUUCUACUCGCCGAAACAAAUUAGUUCUCUUCCUCUUAUAUAGAUGACAGUAAAACACUAUUAGACAAAUUGGCGGGAAACGUCAGAAACGUGUUUGCCUGUUAGAAAAUGUCGGCCAUAUAACGACUUGUUAAUUUUUCUUACGUGUGAUAAGUAUUUCGCCAAUAUGGGUAUUUUAGGCUUAUCGAAACUCAUAGCAGACAUAGCUCCGGGAGCUAUCAAAGAGCGAGAAUUGAAGCAUUAUUUUGGUCGUAAAAUAGCUGUUGAUGCCUCGAUGUGUUUAUAUCAAUUUCUCAUAGCUGUGCGCAGCGAAGGAGCUCAGCUCACUACUGUAGAUGGUGAAACAACCAGCCAUUUAAUGGGCACAUUUUAUCGGACCAUACGUUUAGUAGAGCAAGGGAUAAAACCUGUAUAUGUAUUUGAUGGAAAACCACCAAACUUAAAAAGCGGAGAAUUAGCUAAACGGGCUGAGAGGAGAGAUGAAGCACAAAAACUUUUACAAGCUGCUGAAGAAGAUGGAAAUGUGGAGGCUAUAGACAAAUUUAGCAGAAGAUUGGUUAAAGUUACAAAAAAUCAUACUGAGGAAGCUAAACAAUUACUCCAAUUAAUGGGCAUACCUUAUAUUGAUGCUCCUUGCGAGGCUGAAGCACAAUGUGCUGCUUUAGUGAAAGCUGGUAAAGUCUUUGCCACUGCUACAGAAGAUAUGGAUGCACUCACCUUUGGCUGCAAUGUGCUACUUCGACGUUUAACUCUCAGCGAAGCCAGAAAAUUACCUGUACAAGAGAUUCAUUUGGAUAAGGUUCUUACAGAUUUAGAGUUGAAUCAUGAUGAGUUUAUUGAUCUCUGUAUUAUGUUGGGUUGUGAUUAUACUGGGAGUAUUAAAGGCGUUGGUCCAAAAAGGGCAAUAGAGUUGAUAAAAAAUUAUAGGUCUCUUGACAAAAUUAUUGAAAAUAUAGAUACUAAAAAAUACUCUGUGCCAGAAAAUUGGAAUUACAAAGAUGCAAGACUAUUAUUUCAAGAACCCGAAGUAAUGAAUACAGAAGAUAUCCAAUUAAAAUGGUCUGAACCAGAUGAAGAAGGUCUGGUAAAGUUUUUAUGCGGUGAUAAGCAAUUUAACGAGGAACGUAUCAGAAAUGGAGCUAAGAAACUUCACAAAGCUCGAAAUACAUCCACACAAGGCAGACUGGAUUCAUUCUUCAAAGUUUUACCGAGUACCCCGACACCAAAGCGAAAGAUAGAAGAAAAAAAGCUACCGGCUAAAAAGGCAAAAGCAGCAGGUAACAGUAAGUUCCGCGGGAAAGCAAAAUGAGAGUAAUACUAUAAACUUCACGAACAGGUACAACGUUAAAAUUGCAUAUUUAUGUAUUAUUUAUAAGACAUUUCGAAUUUUUAUUCUGCUAUGACACAUGGUUCACAUUUAUUUUUCUAAAUUUCUAAACAAAUUGUAUAAUUUUAGUUGAUAACAUAAUAGCAGGAUCAUUUUUUUAUUUAUUUCGUAAAAUAUAUCAAGUA